GUGUGACUAAAGAUUGUAAACCACACCUGGAUUUUUCAUUCCUGAUUCAGAAGUCUCGGUGGUUUGGGCUGACUAAAAUUUCUCAUGCAUGCUCAAAGAGAUAGAAGUAGACUUCGUUCUGAAUGGUUCAAAAUCUUUUUAAGAGUAUGUCUCAUCAUUGCUAACGUGAUAGUAGUGAUCCUUGGUAUAACAAUAUGUACUGUCGGUGGACUAAUAAUACAUGAUAAUAAGCAUUAUGUUGAGAUCAUUGGUCAUUACUAUAACGGGGUACCUGCAAUGUUUAUUGUGUUGGGAGUCUUAGUCUGUUUGAUUGGAUUCCUUGGAACUAUUGGUGGGAUCUUUGUACAGCUAUUAUGUGGCCGGAUUGUAUUGAGAAUAUAUGCUUGCUUGCUUGCUUUGUUGGUUACUAUUGAGAUUAUUUGUGGGAUUGCAGCUGCCAUUGAAAGUGACAGAGUAGAACUUAAUAGCAAGAUUAAGAAAUCUUUUCUGGAAUACAACAAUAAAACCGAAGUUAAGGAUACAUGGGAUUAUAUUCAGCAAACUCUUGAGUGUUGUGGAUUAAAUGGAUAUAAAAGCUAUGAAGAUUAUCUUACAAUAGAUCCUCCCUCGUCAUGCUGUAUGGAUGUUGAUAAUUGUAGCAGCGAUAAGGACUUUUUUCAGGACGACUGUGAAACAAUGAUCAAUGCCUGGGUCAGUGGUAUAUUAAGCGUUUCUUCAAUAGUCAUUAUCACUUUCGCUAUAUUACAGAUUUUUGCUGUUGUAGUUGCCCUGUUCAUUUCUUUUGUUGAUAACAGAGGAAGAAGAAAUAAUUAUGACGUUGUUAGAGACGAUGAAACUUCUUAUUUGUUUUCUCAAUGAAGCGUUUGUUUGCUCAAAAUGCUCAUGAUAAUCAUAUGAGAGGAUUUAUUUUUAUUUUAGUUUAAA